AUGACUCCGCUUAUCGCCGGUCCACCGAAACGCAGGGUCUCUAAGAUUCCUGUGGAUUGGUCGCCGCGCCGCAGUGGGCGCCUGGCGGCGAAAAGUAAGUUCAGGGUGGCCAAUCCUGUUGUCCGAGCUCAGAAUGUGCUCAUCAAACGAUGGGAGAUUCAACAGCAGGAGCUGGGUGUUGAUCAUGAAGCUAUGCACUCUUACCACCAGUGCAUUUUAUCAAACAGCUUGUGGGUGACGGCGACAGCGUCCUCGGCGCGCCGAGCAGCGAGCCCGACAGCGUGUUGCCGCUCACGUCGAGGUGGACCAGCGAGCGCAUUGCGCCCAGCCUCAGCAGGGUCCGGCGCCGCGUCUAGCAUGAUCCUCGGCUCGCGCCUAGCGUCGUGGCCCUCAGCGGCGGCCGUCGUCAGCAGGCGGAGGGGCGGCGGCGUGUCCUCCUUCUCCUCCCGGUCCCGGUCGUCCCGGCGGCACAUGCGGCUGCCAAGGAUCAGCUGCAGCGCCACCGAGGAGGUCAGCGGCGCCGUGCCGUCCGUCACCGUGGAGCAGAUGAUGACGGUGUCGGCCACGGUGGAGGCGUCGCCGGCCAUCGGGCAGAUGUACUUCGAGCGCGCCCUCGACGACGUCCGCGACCUCCUCGGCAAGACGCUGCUCAUGGAGCUCGUCAGCUCCGAGCUCGACGCAAAGACGGGUCUGGAGAAGCCGCGGGUGACGGCGUUCGCGCACAAGACGCUGCGGGAGGGCCACUACGAGGCAGAGUUCAAGGUGCCGGCGUCGUUCGGGCCGGUGGGCGCGGUGCUGGUGGAGAACGAGCACCACAAGGAGAUCUUCAUCAGGGAGAUCAAGCUCGUCACCGGCGGCGACAGCAGCACCGCCGUCACCUUCGACUGCAACUCCUGGGUGCACUCCAAGUUCGACAAGCCGGAGAAGCGCAUCUUCUUCACCCUCAAGUCCUACUUGUCGUCCGACACGCCCAAGGGCCUGGAGGACCUGAGGAAGAAGGACCUGCAGGAACUGCGCGGCGACGGGAGCGGCGAGCGCAAGGCGUUCGAGCGCGUCUACGACUACGACGUGUACAACGACCUGGGCGACCCGGACAAGAACCCCGACCACCAGCGGCCCAUCCUCGGUGGCAGCAAGCGGUUCCCGUACCCGCGCCGGUGCCGCACCGGCCGCGCCCGGACCAAGAGGGACCCCCAGACGGAGAAGCGCGACGGGCACCACUACGUGCCCCGCGACGAGCAGUUCUCGGAGGUGAAGCAGCUCACGUUCGGGGCCACCACGCUGCGCUCGGGCCUGCACGCGCUGCUGCUGGCGAUCAGGCCGAUGCUGAUCAAGGAGGAGCUGCGCUUCCCGCACUUCCCGGCCAUCGACGAACUCCACAGCGACGGCAUCCCGCUGCCGGCGCAGACCGGAUUGGACGCCAUCCGCAGCGUCGUCCCGCGCGUGGUCAAGCUGGUGGGGGACACCACCGAUCACGCAGACGAUCGCGGGGCUGAACCCGCUGUGCAUAAAGCUCCUGACGGAGUUCCCCAUCAGGAGCAAGCUGGACCCGGAGGUGUACGGCCCGGCGGAGUCCGCCAUCACCAAGGAGAUCCUGGAGAAGCAGAUGAACUGCGCCAUGACCGUGGAGCAGGCGCUGGCGGCGACGGUAUGGUGAAGAAGAGACCCGCGGCGACGCAGCAGACGAGCUUGCCCGACACGCAGAGCGCCACGAACAGCUCCAGCGCGCACCACUUCUCUGACGCCUCGGAUCACUUCCCUGCGGCGUCGUUGCUGGUGUCGACGGCCAGGAGCAGCUGCUGCGGCGGCGUGCCGAGGCGGGCGCGCACCACGUACGUGGGCGUCUGCAGCAGCUGCCGCCACGACGCGAUGGGCGCGUACGCGCGGGUGCGCCACGCGCCGCCAGCGAGUCUAGGUACAGCAGCCGCGAUGCGUCACGCGACGCCUGGUCCGCUAGGAACCCCGCUCACGAUGGCGCCGCUGUCCCGGGGCCCAGCGGCGAGCAGGGACCGAACGCGUGCGACACCUGCAGCGUGUUCCCGGGCGUCGUGGGGCACGACGAGCUCGAGCUCGAGUGCGACGCGGCCGCGCCGCCCGCAACCACCAGCAGCAGAAGCACCGACAGCAUCCUAG